CGCUGGACCCGGAAGCGGAGCGGCUGAGUCACCCCGGCGGCGCGGGGAUGAGGCAGCAGCGCGGGGCGGUGGCGGGUGCGUCCCUGCCCGCCUGAGGCGCCCGCUCCCCGCCCAGCCCGCCGGCACCAUGAUGGAGGAGAUAGACCGGUUCCAGGUGCCUGCCGUGCGCGCCGAGAUGCAGCCGCUGGAUCCAACAGCUGCAUCCAUCUCUGACAGAGACUGUGCUACAAGGGAAGGAGAGACUGUAGCUAUGAACUAUAAGCCGUCCCCACUCCAAGUGAAACUAGAGAAGCAGCGGGAACUAGCUCGGAAGGGUUCCCUGAAGAAUGGCAACAUGGGAAGUCCGGUUAAUCAGCAGCCCAAAAAGAACAACGUGAUGGCCCGGACAAGGCUGGUUGUUCCCAAUAAAGGCUAUUCAUCGUUAGAUCAGAGUCCAGAUGAAAAGCCACUGGUAGCCUUGGAUACAGACAGUGAUGACGACUUCGAUAUGUCCAGAUAUUCCUCUUCAGGAUACUCAUCAGCUGAGCAGAUUAACCAAGACUUGAACAUCCAGCUGCUAAAGGAUGGGUAUCGGUUAGAUGAGAUUCCAGAUGACGAGGACCUCGACUUAAUUCCCCCUAAGUCUGUCAACCCCACCUGCAUGUGCUGCCAAGCCACCUCCUCCACCGCCUGCCACAUCCAGUAAUGAGGACAGCAGGACGUGAUCAGUGCUUUCCACUAUAACUGUAAAACUUAACGGGCCAUUGCUUCCUCCUAUGGUAGGACGUGCAUCUCUUUGUGUUCAUGGAGCCAGGAGAAACCAAAAAUCCAUUUUACGAUCAGUUGAUAAGUUCUUCUUAAGCCCUGGUUAACAAACAUAGAGGCUUGAAGUGCCAGACUGGGCCUGGUCUGGGGAGUUAAUGCAAAAGGGCCCAGUGGUCCUAGGUCUGUACAGACUCUGACUGAGGUCUGCAUGGUGGCAGGGCUGGUUUGGGGCAGCAGUUAUUCCUCCACGUCUCAACUAAUCUUAUUGCAAGAUCCAUGGUGAACUGGAGACACAAGGUCUUUCUAACAGAGUGGGGAAGGCAUCAUCCUUAAUUCAUUCCCUAAAACCGAUCCAUUUUUGCCAACCAACUGGGUCAGGGCAUAGGAGCAGAGUAAAAUAUUCUGGGGGGGAGCCAGGUCAGCAAGGAGUAACAUGCCCUGAAAGUCAGCUGCACUCACGGAGCACAUGUAGGCAGUAUUUCAUCCUGGGUCAAUACCCACAGCCUCUUGGGCAGCCAUGUCACACAUCUGAUGAAUCUGCUCCUUGUUUCACCUUAAAUCACCACCAGACAGGUAAAAUUCUGUCCACAAGCCAUCUUUGCUCCUUUUAGAUUCACUUUACUUCCAGGAAUAACCAUACAGUCUCCAUGAAUUCAAGCCAGGUCACAUUUCUUGGGUUUUGUUUAAAUUUUUUGUGGCCCAGCUCAUGCCAAACAUCCAUUAAAUAAAUUCUCAUAUGUGCAGGGACACGGAGAUUAGGGUGGGAAGACCAAACAUGGUGAAGAAUGAACAUUUUUCCCAGGUUUUCACAUGUUUAUCACGCAGAAUGCCAGUGUGUUCGGUAUUGUCCUAGGCUGGGAGGGGGAGCAUCCUUCCGGAACAAAAAGACUGUGGGUAGGUUCAGCUCAUUAAAAGCAUGAGGAGAACUGCUGUUAUCCCACCUCUACCCUUUUCAGGGACAACCAUAGCUCACAUUAAAGCUGUCUCAAGAGUGAGGGAACUUGUGUUUAGACAGUGCUCUCAGGAAACCUGGCUCUAAAAUAAAUGGAGGGACGGUAUCAUCAAUUUGCCCCGCAGCUGUGUUUGACACAGGCAGGUUUCCUGAAUCAUGCAGCACAUUGGCCUCCUGAUUUUUUCUUUUGUUUAGUUUUUGGAGCUUUUGGCUGCAGAGUGCCCAGGGAAGACUGCCAGCAUCGCCUUUAGCACUCACCUUAGACCUGAGCAAUUGAAAGAUUGAGGAAAAUUGGAUCAGUUUUUCUAAUCUCAACUCCUUUGUGGAAAUUCCAUAAUAUUGCAACAAGGUGCUCAAGUUUCACCUUUCUGAAGUACAAAGUCUUUGUUUAAAAGCCACAUGCAGUCAACCGAGUCCUUAAGCGGACACUGUCACCUGCUCUUAAUCGCUGUAAGUGGUGUUGGCUUUGAUUCUGCCCAUCACGAGGCACCACAUUGUGUGGCAGUCUGAGCAAAGGAUUAGGAGAUGGCGGCUCCAUUCCUCUCUUGCGUAGUCAUGAGCAAGACACUUCAAACCGUGUUUUCCUCAUCUGUGAAGGAGGGGAGGGAAAUUAGGGUGUUGUGAGGGCGAGUCAUUAUUAGUGAUCAUGCUUUGCUUCUUCAAAGUGCUUCAGUACUAACUUUUCCUGGCCAAUAGGGAGUAGAUCAUCCCAGAAGCAGGCUCUGCUGUUGCUUUUGCCCUUUUUAAUCACCUGAUAAACACUAAAGCAAAACAAGCUGCCAGAGCCAUUUUCUUUCUGCUUCUGUUGUGCCUCACUUCAGCUCCGACGCCAGCAGAGCUGGUGCUUAGCUUUGGGAAGAACUAGUCACCUCCGAAUAGCAGAGGAGCUCUUGCAGAAAAGACAGAUGUCAUUUGUUUUCCAGGCAACACAUUUUUUUUAAAGUGAAACUGUGGCUAAAUAGGAACAAAAAACUAAGGUCAGAUCAGUUACCUGAAUCGUUUGACAGUGUCCUUUUAAAGGACAAGGCUUUCAAAUUCCUCAAUGGCACUGUGUAAACCGGGACAAGUCAGGUCCCACUUGUACAGACACCCAAAUGUCCAUCAUCUCUCUCCUCUGGGUCAGUGCUCCAUCUUAGGGCACAAACUCUGCCCUACCGAGAGCCCGACCUGCCUGUGGUCAGCACCUUGCGGGGCUGCUCACCUGCAGUGAAAUAAUACAUGUUCUCUGCCAUGUCCUAUUCCAACAUGGGCUUCCCCUCUCUGAUCAGUGCCUGUGUGUCCUGAUCAAGAGGGCAUGCUGCACUCUGGAGCUCACCGUCUUCACACAACAGACCCCACCUGCUAUUUCUUUCUGUAUCCCAUCACAGCAGCAUUAUUUUAAUUGCCCCCAACCUUUUUUUUUCUUGUGAACUAAGCACCUGCUUCCAGUUUAACCCUCUAAGACCUCUGAGACUGAAAUGCCCAGUAGAAGGGGGAGGGAAGUUCGGACUACGUCCAGACAGUGACGUGACUGAAUGCCGUCCACAGCCACACAGUCACAAGCUGACUUUUGUUCCUUGUUCACAAAGGGGUUGGUUACAAAGAGCUGGCUUGGCAUGAUCAGAUACCUAAAAUGGAAAUUUUUGGCUUCUCCUCACUCGAUGCUUUGUGUCCAUAUAUUUUACUAGGGGAAUAAAAUAGACAGGGUGAGGGAAAGCAGUUAUCGAUGUCGGGUUGGUAUCAGGAAGGCUGAAUGCAUUGAGAAAAUGCACAUGUAGCUACUACAGAAAGUUGACCUAUAACCCUGUUACACUGCAGCCUCUUCUGCAGAAUAUGAACUAGUUUUAUGGUUUUUUAAUAAGGUUAGUACUAUGGUGCACAGUUGGGGUUAUGUACUACACUGAAAAAUGGUUGGUUAAACCUGGCUCUCCCUUUGUGGCCUCAUGUUCAGAUCCUGGGUUCAGCCAGAAUAUGACUUCUCCUGCCUUGUGCCAGCCAAAGAGGCCUAGACCAGUGUAUUGUCCAUCAUGCUGUGAGGCUCUGUCUCAGACCCAGAGGACUUUCCUGAUGCUGUGCAUUGUAAAACAGGCAGCCUGCUGGCCUGGAGAGCGCUCAAAUGUCUGUAAAUUGCUUGAGAGAAAGCUGGUUUCCAAAUCAUCCCUAUUUCAAGAUGUUUUCUCAAGCAUCAGAAACCCCAUCUUCCAGUCUCAAGCCCCAGAAAGCUCCAUUACAGCAUCCCAGCAUGUGAAAGCCUAUUGCAAUAUCAGCCAAAAGUACCAUGCCGAUACUGUUUGCUUAAUGAUGGGGAUAAAAUUCUCGCGGUGACCCAUAGGCCUGACAGAAACAUUUGCACCUGAUGCCUUUGAAUCCAAGCCCCUCUGUUUGCUCAUAAAUAAGGCCUUCAGGUUUUAGUUACCAAAGCACCAGACUUUAAUCACAUUCCUUCCUUUUUAACUGCCACAUGGAUCCCACGGACUGGCUCUGCUACGUAAGAUGACAGCACACAGGCCUGGUUUUCCAGCGUUCCAAAAAUUAAGGUCAUAACUAGGUUUACAAUGAAUAUUCACACUGAUGCCACAUUGCCAUGGGCAAAGAAUGACCGCUGCCUGGUGAGUGACUCCCAC